AUGCUUACUGAGAACGAGAGAGUUCUCAGUAGUUCAUCUAUGGACGAGAGUGUCCUAGAUGAAAAGACACGAGUUGAGCAAUAUGACUCCCAAUCGUGGGAAUCGCUCAAGACAAAUCCUCUCUACGAAGAUUUGGUUGAAUUCAAGGAUGUAUUCCCUGAAACUGUUCCGUGCGAAUUACCGAAGGAUAAAGGUAUUCGACACGAGGUCGAGAUUAAACCAGGCUUGAAGUACUGUGUCAUGAAGCAGUGGCCACUGCCUCGUGAACAAGUACUUGCGAUCGACAAGUUCUUUGCCGAUCGCUUAGCUGCGGGCCAUGUGAGGGAAUCAACUUCCCCACAUAGCUCUCCGACCCUCUGUGUGCGAAAAGCAACAGGAGGGUGGCGGAUAGUGCACGCGUUCAACAAAUUGAAUGCUGCAACGGUACCGGCUCAAACGCCGAUACCGAGGAAGGACGUAAUCAUUGAUGGUAUGUCAAAGAGUACCAUCUUUUCGUCCAUGGAUUUGAUGGAUGGCUUCUAUCAAAAUCCUUAUGCGGGAACGGGACAUACCGUAUACCGCAGUUAG